AUGAAAUUCGUACUGUUUUCGCUUGUAGCCUCUUUGGCCGUUACUUCAGCUUCGGCAUCCAUGAAGCGUCAAGAUCAUAUCAAUGGCAAGAUCGAGUCAAUCUCCCAACCAGGCCGAUGUCUCGACUUAUAUGCUGGGACAGUUCAGGUUGGAACUUCAUUGACGGUCAAAGACUGUCAAACCGCACGUAAAUGGGAUUAUAUUAGGACUCUCGAAGGAGAAAUCAAACUAUCUGAUACAGCAAUGGCCAUUUCUGACAUUGGCCCGGACGAAGGCCCUCGAUCUGGAAUCAUGCUUUUGAAUGACAGUCAGUCUAAAGAACAGAAAUUCACCUUCCACGAUAAUGGAAGAAUUUACUACAUGUCUGACCCUCCUAAAUGUCUUGAAUUGUCCAUUGCCGACGAAGACGACCCAGAUUUUGAACCUCCCAGAUGGACAAAAGGGACCGCUUCAAUCUCCCUCAAACAGUGCUUAGACAAGGAUGACACCGGGCAGUACCAAACCUGGCGUGAUUACGUGGAGCCCGCCUCAUAG